AUGUUCUGGCCUAAGGAGAGGGCACGAGGCCAUUAUGACCUCGAGCCUGAGGUCGAGCCCGACCACAAGAACUCGAUGAUGUUUUGGCCCAAGGAGAGUGCUCGUUGUUAUCAUGACCUCGAGCAUGAGGUCAUGGGUGGUCAGGCAACCUUGUUAGAAGCCUUAAAGCGCCACCUGCCAGGGCACUUCGUGUUACCCCAUCGAGUAACAAAGGAAGUUGAAUUGGAUGGUUAUAUGAUCCCAAAGAACGGGCUUGUGAAUUUCAUGGUUGCAGACCUGGUUUGGGAUCCAAAAGUGUGGAAGGAUCUAAUAGAAUUCAAGUCUGAUAGGUUCUUAGCCAAUGGUGGGGAGGAGUUUAACAUAAUGGGGAGUAGAGAAAUCAAGAUGAUGCCAUUUGGUGUUGGAAGGAGAAUAUGUCCCGGGUGGGGUCUGGCUCUGCUUCACAUGGAGUAUUUUGUUGCUAAUUUGAUUUGGUACUUUGAAUGGACAAGUGUUAGAACAGAUGUUUAG